CUGUGGCCGCACGAUACGUCCUGCACGGUAUACGUGAAAAGAUUGCUAAUUAUGGUUACCAUGCUUACUUCCGUAAUGUUCUCGUUAACGGUGCAUUUUCUGCGCACAUCAGAAUGCGAAAGGAUUGUCACUCUGAUUAAUACCUUGUUUUACUUAAUCUUGUUCCUCGUCGGCAUGUUGAAGCUCGUGCUUUUCUGGUGGAAAAGCAGCGAAAUAAAACAAUUGAUAGAAAUGAUGCGGAUGGACUCGCGGCUCUUGAGCAAUCGGGAAGAGCAUCAAAUUCUUUUGAAGAAAAGAAACGAAGGGAGGUUUAUCUGUGUCAUCUUCGCAUACAUACUUUAUCUGGUCAGUUGUUCUUGCGUAUACCUAACGAUCACGAAAUCCUCGGAUAUGGAUAUUUGUCAAUCGUUAUCGACUCAUCUGCCCAGCGCAGAGUAUAUUACCAAUGAUAAUACGUAUUCCUUUCUGAUUCGAUAUUUUACCAUAAUUAGUUUUGCUUUGUUGACAAUCGUCUUAGCAGGGACGGAAACAAUGACUAUCAUGUGCUCGCAUCACGCGGCUGGAUUGUUCGAGGUAAUCUGGUAAGAUUUGUUAACACUAUUUAAC